AUGUUAAUUGGUAACAACACUGCAUUUGUCAGUGAAUACGAGAAUAUCAGCAAAACGUUUUCACAAUUCAAUGAAGACGUCAACAAAUUGGCGAAAGGACUGCACGACUUGGGCCUCCGAAGAGGGGAUGUGGUGGGCGUUUGGAGUUGUAAUUCCUAUUCAUGGAUACAAGUUCAAUAUGCUUGCGCCAAACUGGGAAUAGUGUUGUGUACAGUUAAUCCCGUUUAUCAAAGUCCUGAAUUGAAUUACGCUCUGAGAAAGGGACAAAUUAAAGCCAUUUUUAUGCCGGGAAACGGCUCUAAACAAGAAGUUGUCAAUAAAUACCAAAAUGUCUUAAAGCAAACUCUCAGUGCAAAAGAAGAGAAAGAAAGCGAUCCAUUAAUACUAAAAGACAUUAUUUUUAUGGAUGGAAAUUAUUCGUCAGAAGACGCAAAGGGAGGCUUUAAUUAUAUGCCGAUUACUAAUUUGGUUGCAAACAAUGGAAAUGUCGACCAAUCAAUUGUGGACGACGUCUCUCCCGACGAUCCGGCGAUCAUUAUGUUUACAUCGGGAACUACAGGCAAACCAAAAGGCGCUUAUUUAUCACACUUUACAUUAGUGAACAAUGCAUUGCUUACUGGGACACAGUUUGGUUUUAGUGAUCCGAUCACCAUGCUUAUUCCUCUACCAUUUUUUCACUCGUUUGCCGCUGUUUUGGGCAAUAUAUCGAUGACUGCCGUUCCUAUUAAAUCUGUGAUCGCGAAUCUCAAAUAUGACGUGAAAUUGAUUGUGGAAUCGAUGAUCAAACACAGCGCCACUCAUAUAAUAGUGACGCCAACGAUGCCUCAAACUGCCGGCAUUGAGAAGUAUGCUGAUCGGCGGCGCACUUCGAUGAUCAAACACAGCGCCACUCAUAUAAUAGUGACGCCAACGAUGGUCAUCGAUAUAUUGAAUUUUGUGGAGAAAAAUAGCCUCAAACUGCCGGCAUUGAGAAGUAUGCUGAUCGGCGGCGCACCCGUUCCCGUCGAAGUGGCCCAUCAUAUCCAACGAGUGAUCCCCUCAUGCGAUGACGUCCGCAUCGGUUACGGCGCCACUGAACUCGGCCCGUGCACUACAUCCUGUCAUAAAAACGAUACAUUUGAGCAAAGAAUGGAAACCGUCGGAAGUCCAUUAGAUUUAGUGGAAGUAAAAAUAGUGGACCCGGUUUCGGGUUAUAUCACUAAAAUCGGAGAACAGGAAGGAAAUUUAGGAGAAUUACUAUCGCGUGGACACAAUGUUAUGAUCGGCUACUGGAGGGAUGAGAUCAAAACCAAAGAGGCGUUAGACGAACAUAAAUGGUAUAAAUCGGGAGAUUUGGCGACAAUGGAUGAGAAAGGAUUUGUCAAAAUAAUCGGUCGAACAAAAGAAAUGAUAAUAAGAGGCGGAGAAAACAUAUAUCCGCGAGAAGUGGAGGAAUUACUUCACACUCAUCCAGAAGUGUUUGACGCUUAUGUUGUGGGCGUUCCGGACGAGAGGACCGGCGAAGAAGUGUGCGCUUGGGUUCAGCUGAAGAAUAAAGACUCCAAAAUUACUGAAGAAGAGAUUAGAAACUUUUGCAAAGAUAAUAUCUCAUACUUCAAAGUCCCGCGUUAUGUCCUUUUCGUCGAUGGCUUUCCAAUGACUCCGACGGGAAAAGCGAAGAAAUUUAUUAUGAGAGACGAGUCGUGCGAAAAGUUAGGCCUCAAAGAAAACAACAAGAAAUGCCAACAAUAAAUCACUUGACGACUACUAAUGAGAAUAUAUUUUUAUAAAUGAU